UAACGUCCUCCCCCUUCCCUGGAGAGAGAAGCUGCCAGUAAUCACACAUCACAGCCUGGACUCCAGGAACUAGGAUCCAGCUCCUCAUUACACCAGAAUGGACUGACCCUCUGCUGCCCAGCCUGAGACACUUCCCAGAGCACAAGAUGUUCCCAGGUUUCCUCACAGCCAUAGGGGCACUCCUGGGCACUGUCAGUGGCAUCGCUGCCCUGUGUGGCAUCAUGUGUUUGUGCAAAUAUGUACUCAGGAAGAAGCCACCAGACAGCGGCGUAGGGACACCGGUGACCAUGGCGAGUGUCAUCCCACCUGGCCAAGUGAUGAACGUUUACAGAUGUACUGAGCCAGUCAAGCCGCAGGCAGAGUUCCGCUUCCCUCACAUCAUCUCCACCAAGCAGACGUCUCCAGAGAUACCUAAUUACAAAGACCAUGCUUUGAAGACGACAGAGAACGAUCAGAAGAUUGCAGAUGAGGCUGCAGAACACAGACCGGUGGACACAAUCUCAGGAGGGUCGGUUUCAGAUCAGUUUGUGAACAUACCUCCUGAUAAUGAAGAUGUGGAAAAGCUGAACAGCUUGCAUCAUGUUCCGAAACUGCGCUACUCCCUGGGAUAUGACCGCCAGACAGCGGAGCUGUGUGUAUCUUUCCUUGAAGCUGUAGGUGUGACGCUGACAGGUGAGGACGACCCUGGGAGCCACUGCUACGUCCUGGGCACACUGAAAACUCGCCACGGCCAGACCGAGGCGCAAACAGCACUAACAAAAAGGACAGCACACACAGUGUGGGAGGAAGCGCUGCUGUUCCCCCUGCAGGAGGAGGACAGAGCCGAGGCCACGCUGACCCUCACUCUGCGAAACUGCGACCGCUUCUCGCGUCACCAGGUGGCUGGAGAUAUUACCCUCAGCCUGGCUAAUGUUGGCAUUCCCUUUGGCACAGCUCGAUGGGUAGAGCUAAGGCCUCCUGAAAAGGACGCAGACUCCUCCGGCGAGGUCCUCCUGUCCAUGAGUUAUCUCCCAGCUGCAAAUCGUCUCAUUUUGGUCUUGAUCAAAGCCAGAAAUAUACAUUCUGAUCAAAGAAAUGAUCUUCCAGGAAAAGAUCUCUAUGUGAAGGUCACUCUCCGGCAUCAGGCACAGAGGCUCAAGAAGAAACAAAGCAAACGGGCAAAACACAAAAUUAACCCAGUAUGGAAUGAGAUGAUCAUGUUUGAGGUUCCACCAGAGCUACUGGGAGAGGUCAGCAUGGAGAUAGAGAUGCUGUACCAAGAGCCUACAGGGGGCCCAAGUCGAGUUCUAGGAUCCUGCUACCUGGGCUCUGAUCGGACUGGUUCUGGGAAGAGUCAUUGGCAAGAAAUGAUGAAUAAUUCCAGGAGGCAAACAGCAAUGUGGCACCACUUGCUCCCAUGAGAUGUGCCAUCAUCUACUUGCACAAUAUCAUCACGCACGUGGACCAGUUUAUUUCACAAUCAUCCACUAGGAGACCUGUCAGGUAUUUAUGGACCCUUGGAGCACAUUAGUAACAAAAAGCCCUAAGGACGGCUACAAGUUAGUGAGAAACCUUCAGAUAAAGACAGAGGUCCAGUUGGAGUAAGGUGGCCCACAGUGAUUGGCAACAAAAGCGCUGGCUGCACGCGUAAUCUUCAGCAUUGUCUCUUGUACCUGCGCUAUACUGGGUGCAAAAGACCGCCCACACGCCGCAGACAAGCACAAUGUCACGCCACGUGCACUCGAGAAGGAUCUAUGCCGGGAAUAAGCACAGUUACCACCAGGGGAAUGCUCAUUUCACGGAUGGAGAGAAGCGGCUACGCACAGAGGAAACCGUCUGCUAUUGUAUUCUCCAUCAAGGUGCAGCCCACUGAUAAUCACAACCAGGGGCAAAUUAAGGGGUCAGGCCGCCCUAGGCACAACAUUAUUGGUCAGCCCCCAUCAUGCCACUGUCCCCUUUAUGUUGGGGCCUCUGACUGCCAAAGCAGCACCAACCUCACCCUCCUCCACCACCACAACUUACUGACCAUUGCCCCCUCCUCCCUCACCAGUUACAAAGUAGAAAAAAUAAGUCAUAAUGACAAAAACUAAGUAUCACCUGGCCUCACCUGCCCAUCGGCCCUGAAGCCUCUUGAGCAAAUGAGCAUUCUGUGCCGCCCACCCAGCAAGUGUCUCCCCUAGGCACGUGCCUCACAUGCCUAGUGGGAAAUCCGACACUGAUCAGGGCAUCAGAGUGCGGUUUCGGACUUGCUUCCAAGAAUCAAAAUCAGGCAUCAUAUCUGUACCUUAUAUCCGGAACAUUUGUAGAGCCCAGCAGGAGCAGGGUAACAGAUGGCAGUUCUCAAACACUAAGGGGGAAAUGUACUAAGCAGUGAUAAACGUGGAGAUAUGAGCCAGUGGAGAAGUUGCCCAUGGCAACCAAUCAGCUGCUCUGUAUAAUUUGAAAGUAGGCAAAUUAUAAAUGUUACUUCAAUACUGAUUGGUUGCCAUGGGCAACUUCUCCACUGUCUCACUUCUCCGCUCUUUUCACUGCUUAGUACAUCUCCUCCUAAGUGCUAUCAGCUCUGUUCAUCAGUUGUAAUGUUCUGCCCGAGUGACGGUGCUUACUGGAGAUACAGAGGCCUCCUAUGGUUCUGUUCCCGUCACACCCCCAGUUAUUGGGAUAAUGCUUUUAGUUUUCACAAAAUCCAGUCACAAAUCUAAUUACUGGCAGCACAAAUAGAGAAAAAAACACAUUGUCCAAAUAUCAAUUGUAGAAGUCGCUUCUGAUGUAAUUUCUGCUCCAUCUGGUAUUUAUGUUACAGCUUACACCAAAGGCUUGAUCCCAAUUUUAUUUCCAGCUUGACCUCGCUGCGCGGAUUUACAGCUCCAAGACCCUGAAAUGUGCAGAAACGCUGAUUGUUCUGUUCUUCCCUUGUACUUAUCUUCUCUCACAAUCGCCAUUGGUCCGGCUGCAGGGCCGUGUCUGCCGCUGAAUUAAUUUACAGUACCAUGUGUGACCUUGCUUUACCUAAUGUUCUAGUUACCUUCUGUUCUGCUCAGUCUCACUCUAUGGUGCUAGAAUCAAACAAAAAAUUAGCUUCAAAUCUCUGAUUGAAGUGAUCAGGUGUGGAACCCAUUCACCAGAAUGAUCCUGGGUUAGGAUUUCCCAGAGUUAUCAUUUCCCCCUCCCCCAAACUAACAUUAACAAUUACCAUCAAUUCUCUCCCAGCAUUAAUCCUCUCAUAAAAUUAUUUAGCAACGUCCCCCACCAAGGGGGGAGAUAUAGCAAACCUUGGAGAGAGAUAAAGUACCAACCUGUCAGCUUCUGUCAUUUUACAGGCCGUGUAUAAAAAAUGAGCUCAGAGUUGAUUGGCUGAUACUUUAUCUCUCUCCAAUGUAUGAUAGAUCUCUCCCUACCUGCAGCAAAUACACUGAUCGUGUCCGUGUGAAUGACAUUUUCAUAAAGCAGUAGCAAUUACUUACAUUGUCUUCAUGGAUUAUUAGAUGCUUAGAAGGUUUUUGAACCCCUACCUGUAUACAUACGCUGUGAGGCACAUACACUGUGAGGCACAUACGCUGUGAGGCACAUACGCUGUGAGGCACAAGUCAGGAGUUUUUCUUUUUUCUUUUUGCCAAUUCAUGUAAAGCGUUUUCCAUUUUAAAUAACCCCUGUACCAAUUAUCAUUUCCCAAUUGCAGUAGCUUGGCUCUGUCAGUGCCUCGUUCUCCUUGUCACAGGAGACAUCAAACACAGAGAUCAGGAUUACACCCUCAGGAUUCUCUGUGACGGGUGUCAGUGUUUGGACCCUCCAUAGGUCUAUAGUGGAGAACACACUUUAAAUAAAGCUGGAAAAACAAGUAUUAAGUAUAUAUAUAUAUAUAUAUAUAUAUAUUAUACUGUAUAGCUCAACCAUUAACUCUCUAAAACGCUGAUGAAUAAACUAAAAGAAGAAGGACACAUCACAUCCAAAAACAAUGGGGUAUAUUUACUAAAAUUCGUAUUUUUCAGAAUGAGGUUAAAAUUCAAAUACGAAUGACAUCGCAAGUGUAAAUGUGCAACUUUUUGAAUUUAUUACGACUAAUUUACUAAGCUGUCGUAUUCUGCAUUUUCGUGUUUUCCGAUGUCGAUGUCAUUCGUAUUUUCUGGCAGUGUUUUACGGGAGUGAAUAGAAAAACACUGCCGACAUUAACACAAUGAAUCUCGGCCGGAUCUGUGAGAUCCGUGCAGGACUUCAUUGUGCACCUUUCGUAAAAAAAAUAACAUUGUUACAAAUCGGGGAAAAAAAAUGCGUGGGGUCCCCCCCCCUAAGCUAAACCAGCCUCGGGCUCUUUGAGCCGGUCCUGGUUGACAAAAUAUGGGGGGGAAAAUGACAGGGGUUCCCCCAUAUUUCAUCAACCAGCACCGGGCUCUGCGCCUGGUCCUGGUUCAAAAAAUACGGGGGACAAAAAGCGUAGGGGUACCCCGUAUUUUUGAAACCAGCACCGGGCUCCACUAGCCAGGUACAUAAUGCCACAGCCGGGGGACACGUUUAUACUGGUCCCGGCGGCCCUGGCAUUACAUACCCAACUAGUCACCCCUGGCCGGGGUACCUUGGAGGAGUGGGAACCCCUUAAAUCAAGGGGUCCCCCCCUCCAGCCACCCAAGGGCCAGGGGUGAAGCCCGAGGCUGUCCCCCCCAUCCAAGGGCGGCGGAUGGGGGGCUAAUAGCCUUGUGAAAAAAAUGUGAAUAUUGUUUUUAGUAGCAGUACUACAAAUCCCAGCAAGCCUCCCCCGCAAGCUGGUACUUGGAGAACCACAAGUACCAGCAUGCGGUGGAAAACCGGGCCCGCUGGUACCUGUAGUACUACUACUAAAAAAAUACCCAAAUAAAAACAGGAGACACACACCGUGACAGUAUAAGUUUAUUACAUACAUGCACACCUCCAUACAUACAUACUUACCUAUGUUCACACGAGGCUCGGUCCUCUUCUCCAUGUAGAAUCCUUGGGGUACCUGUGAAAAAAAUUAUACUCACAUAAUCCAGUGUACCUUCUGUUCUUUGUAUAAUCCACGUACUUGGCAAAAUAAAAUAACGGAAACCCGACCACGCACUGAAAGGGGUCCCAUGUUUUCACAUGGGACCCCUUUUCCCGACUGCCAGGACCCCCCGUGACUACUGUCAAAGAGGGUCCCUUCUGCCAAUCAGGGAGCGCCACGUCGUGGCACCCUCCUGAUUGGCUGUGUGCUCCUGUAGUGGGUCUGUGAGGCAGCACACGGCAGAGAUACAAUGUAGCGCCUAUGCGCUCAAUUGUAUCCAAUGGUGGGAACUUUGCGGUCAGCGGUUGACCGAAAGUAACCUCACCGCUGAAAGUUCCUGAAAAUUUAACACUUUCCAACCCCUUCCCACUGAUAAACAUGCACGGAUCUCAUGGAUCCGUGCAUGCCUAUCAGAACACAGUAAAAAAAAGCAGGUCUGUUUUAAAUCUGCUUUUUUUUACGAUUUGUAUUUUUUCAUGGCAGUGUUUGGCUAUUGCCGGCAGUGUUCGUGAAAUACACUUUUUAGUAAAUUACCGAGUUGUAUAAAAAAACAGUCAUAUUUGACCGAUGGUGUAUUCAUUCGUAUUUUUCUUUGACUUCCAAAAAAAUACGAAUGCCCUCAUCACUGCCGAGAUUUGAGUUUAGUAAAUUCCCGAGAUGACACUUUGAAGAAAAAACACCAUCUCGGUCAAAAUCGGGAGCUUAGUAAAUAUACCCCAAUGUGUGCAUUAACUGAUGGACUAUUUUUUUUAUUAGUCAUCUUUGCUGGAACCCAGCGUAUCACCUCUAACAUAGCGCCAGAGCAACAGCGUGAUUUACAGCCAUCAAACGUAGUGCGCCACUCGCAGCUGUACACCCCAAUACGCCACUCACAAUGCACCAAUCGCAGCUGUACACCCCAAUGCACCACUCGCAGCUGUACACCCCAAUACGCCACUCACAAUGCACCAAUCGCAGCUGUACACCCCAAUGCGCCACCCACAGCUGUACACCCCAAUGCGACACUCACAGCUGUACACCCCAAUGCGCCACUCGCAGCUGUACACCCCAAUGCACCACUCACAGCUGUACACCCCAAUGCACCAUUCGUAGCUGUACACCCCAAUGCACCACUUGCAGAUGUACACCCCAAUGCGCCAUUCGUAGCUGUACACCUCAAUGCGCCAUUCGUACCUGUACACCCCAAUGUGCUAGUUGUAGCUCUACACCCCAAUGCGCCACUCGCAGCUGUAUACCACAAUGCGCCAUUCGUAGCUGUACACCCCAAUGCGCUACUUGUAGCUCUACAUCCCAGUGCACCACUCAUCGCUCUACACCCCAAAGUGCCACUCGUAGCUAUCCACCACAAUCCGCCACUAGUAGCUGUCCACCGCAAUGCGCCACUUGUAAAUAGCCAUUAAUUUCAUUUUAAUUGUAAAUUAUUGUUUUCAUUCAGCCAAUAUCAUGGGGUCAAGUUCUUCUGUAAAGUCAGAAAACUAUCGCCAUCCAGCAUCUCACUAUAAGGCCAAUGCGUUCACUAACAAUCCUUUAGACAGGUUACAUUUCUUAAAGAUCAAUGCAGAAUAUUAUCUGUAAAUUUUAGGUGAAAUCUGCUGCAAUAAGAAUUGCUGCUCAUAUUAUAGUAUAACACUACGGUGAUCACCCUGCUGCAUAUUAUAGUAUAACACAACGGUGAUCACCCUGCUGCAUAUUAUAGUAUAACACUACGGUGAUCGCCCUGCUGCAUAUUAUAGUAUAACACCACGGUGAUUGCCCUGCUGCAUGUUAUAGUAUAACAACACAGUGAUCGCCCUGCUGCAAAUUAUAGUAUAACACUACGGUGAUCACCCUGCUGCAUAUUAUAGUAUAACACUACGGUGAUCGCCCUGCUGCAUAUUAUAGUAUAACACUACGGUGAUCACCCUGCUGCAUAUUAUAGUAUAACACUACGGUGAUCGCCCUGCUGCAUAUUAUAGUAUAACACUACGGUGAUCGCCCUGCUGCAUAUUAUAGUAUAACACCACGGUGAUUGCCCUGCUGCAUGUUAUAUUAUAACACCACGGUGAUCGCCCUGCUGCAUGUUAUAGUAUAACACCACGGUGAUCGCCCUGCUGCAUGUUAUGGUAUAACACCACGGUGAUCGCCCUGCUGCAUGUUAUACUAUAACACCACGGUGAUCACCCUGCUGCAUGUUAUAGUAUAACACCAUGGUGAUCGCCCUGCUGCUCAGUUGUAGUAUAACACCACGGUGAUCACCCUGCUGCAUGUUAUAGUAUAACACCACGGUGAUCGCCCUGCUGCAUGUUAUACUAUAACACCACGGUGAUCACCCUGCUGCAUGUUAUACUAUAACACCACGGUGAUCACCCUGCUGCAUGUUAUAGUAUAACACCAUGGUGAUCGCCCUGCAGCUCAGUUGUAGUAUAACACCACGGUGAUCACCCUCUGCAUGUUAUACUAUAACACCACGGUGAUCACCCUGCUGCAUGUUAUAGUAUAACACCACGGUGAUCACCCUCUGCAUGUUAUAGUAUAACACCACGAUGAUCACCCUGCUGCAUGUUGUAGUAUAACACCACGGUGAUCACCCUGCUGCUCAGUUGUAGUAUAACACCACGGUGAUCACCCUCUGCAUGUUAUACUAUAACACCACGGUGAUCACCCUGCUGCAUGUUAUAGUAUAACACCACGGUGAUCACCCUGCUGCAUGUUAUAGUAAAACACCACGGUAAUCACCCUGCUGCUCAGUUGUAGUAUAACACCACGGUGAUCACCCUCUGCAUGUUAUACUAUAACACCACGGUGAUCACCCUGCUGCAUGUUAUAGUAUAACACCACGGUGAUCACCCUGCUGCAUGUUAUAGUAUAACACCACGGUGAUCACCCUCUGCAUGUUAUAGUAAAACACCACGGUAAUCACCCUGCUGCUCAGUUGUAGUAUAACACCACGGUGAUCGCCCUGCUGCUCAGUUAUAGUAUAACACGACUGUGAUCACCCUCUGCAUGUUAUACUAUAACACCACGGUGACCACCCUGCUGCAUGUUAUAAUAUAACACCACGGUGAUCGCCCUGCUGCUCAGUUAUAGUAUAACACGACUGUGAUCACCCUCUGCAUGUUAUACUAUAACACCACGGUGAUCACCCUGCUGCAUGUUAUAGUAUAACACCACGGUGAUCACCCUCUGCAUGUUAUAGUAUAACACCACGGUGAUCACCCUGCUGCAUGUUAUAGUAUAACACCACGGUGAUCACCCUGCUGCUCAGUUGUAGUAUAACACCACGGUGAUCACCCUCUGCAUGUUAUACUAUAACACCACGGUGAUCACCCUGCUGCAUGUUAUAGUAUAACACCACGGUGAUCACCCUCUGCAUGUUAUAGUAUAACACCACGGUGAUCACCCUGCUGCAUGUUAUAGUAUAACACCACGGUGAUCACCCUGCUGCUCAGUUAUAGUAUAACACCACGGUGAUCGCUAUGCUGCAUGUUAUAGUAUAACACCACGGUGAUCACCCUGCUGCAUGUUAUAGUAUAACACCACGGUGAUCACCCUGCUGCAUGUUAUAGUAUAACACCACGGUGAUCACCCUGCUGCUCAGUUAUAGUAUAACACCACGGUGAUCGCUCUGCUGCAUGUUAUAGUAUAACACCACGGUGAUCGCUCUGCUGCAUGUUAUAGUAUAACACCACGGUGAUCGCUCUGCUGCUCAGUUAUAGUAUAACACCACGGUGAUCGCUCUGCUGCAUGUUAUAGUAUAACACCACGGUGAUCACCCUGCUGCAUGUUAUAGUAUAACACCACGGUGAUCACCCUGCUGCAUGUUAUAGUAUAACACCACGGUGAUCACCCUGCUGCUCAGUUGUAGUAUAACACCACGGUGAUCACCCUCUGCAUGUUAUACUAUAACACCACGGUGAUCACCCUGCUGCCCAGUUAUAGUAUAACACCACAGUGAUCACCCUCUGCAUGUUAUGUAACAUUUUAUUUAUCUGUUUCCAUGUAUGACUGGCAAUAUUUUUACAGUUUUCACACAAAAUAUUCCACAUUUGGCCAGGAAGUAUUGUGUUCUACCAGAAAACUUGUGCUCCCAGACCUACAUCCCACGUCACAGAGGACUUACCUGACUGUUGUCCUACCAGCUGUAGAUAAGGACCAUAGAUGCUGCAUAACGUGAGUUUAUGGACACAGUGUGUAACUGUACAGUGGAAGCAGAAUGGGGAGAUGUAAUCACCACUAAUUACUCUACAACAGACGUAUUUACCCACAAAACUAUUGCAGUGGAAUUUUGUUGCACCUUCGCUCACCUCUACUCCACAAGGUCAUCUCCAAGUACUACCAGGUUCUGGGCAAGGGGUAAGAUGCACAGGGAAGAGAUGUCCUCCACUACCAUAAAUGUUCAUUUUGUUGUCGCCUUGAUACUUCUUGUUCUAGUGAGCUAAAGGGAAGUGAAUACGUUCUGCAUGUUCAAUAAUAAACAAGUGAAUCACAA